UUAGUAUUUUUGAAAGCGACUAUUUUUGCAGUGUGACCAUAAUCUACUAGAACCAAGAACACCACCGCAAUUACAAAAAUAAUACUGUAUCGAAUUAAUAACCAUUAGAAAUUUCCUGCCCAAACAUUUUAUUCUUGUUUACAAUACGUAAGGGGCACAAAAUAAAUUAUGGAAAAGGUUUGCCGCGUGUGCCGAGACGGCGGAGGUAAUCUAGUGGACAUAUUCGCCGACCAACCCGAUCAGACGGACGAACCCAGUUUGGCGGAGAUGCUGAGCGAGUGCACGAACUGUGAAGUAACCCAAAAUGAUGCACUACCUCAACAAAUGUGCGAGUCGUGCGUUCUCGCUGCUCAAAGUUUCUUUAAAUUCAAGCGAACGUGCGAGGAGAGUCAUCAGUAUUUCAUGCAGCAGCUGGACGCCAGGGAUAUGCUUGAAACGGACGAUUGGCCACUUUCCGAGUGGGCCAAAAAUAUGAUGUCUGUUAAGAAAGAAGAAGAGCAGUGCGAAGAGAUUUUGGAUUCAAAAAUAGAUAUCUGCGAAUACACAGAAACGCGAUCAGAUGAUUGGCAUUCCAACUCCAAUGCCAAUCCUAUUUGCCUGUUUGAAACCAAAUUCAUCGAUUGCGACAUGAAGUGCGAUGUGAGCUGCAAAAGCUCCUUUAGCGAGGAAUUAAUUAUUCCCUGUUCUAAUACUGAUAAAAAAGCCCACUUCUGUGCAACGUGUGGCAAGGAAUUUCCAACCAAAAGGAAACUCAGCCUGCACGAGAGCUUCCAUGCACGCCAACGGAAACACAAAUGUCAGCUGUGCCCAAAGAAGUUUGUCAAUCCAGGAAAUCUUGAGGAUCAUAUACGCGCUCACACCGGCGAACGCCCCUAUAAGUGUCCCCACUGCGUCAAGGCAUUUACCCAGCGUGGACGGCUCAACGAGCACAUUCGCAUCCACACCGGCGAACGUCCGUUCAAGUGCUUGGAAUGCCCGAAGACCUUCGCCAAUGCAGGAAAUCUGACGGUGCACAGACGAAUCCACUCGGGCAAUCGGCAGUACAAGUGCAACCAAUGCCAGGCGUCCUAUGUCCAGCCUGCAGCCCUCCAAAGACACAUGCGCGUGCAUCUGAAUGACGAACGUCCAUUCAAAUGCGACAUCUGCUUCAUGCCCUUUCCCAAGAGCUCGUAUCUUAAGAGACACAUGAAGAGCCACACAGAUACGAAACAUCUUUUACAAGAUGAAAAUGACUUGAACCCUUUGAAAAAUGUGUAAAACCCUUUUGGGACACAUGAUAACAGUACUGAAAUUUCGCUUUCUCGAUAAAUUCGAGGCGAAGAGAACGAAAGGUCUGAACCCAAUUGACUGACUUACAGGAACAAUUUAAAAAAUCGUAAAUUAACCAAAAUUUAAACCUAUUAAUAGCUUAAAUAUUUAUUUCUUAAAUAGGUGAAGGGUACUUAUUUUUUUAAAUUAUAGUCUACCUAAGAAAAUCUUGAAAUUGGAUUUAAAAUAAAAUAAUCAGAGAAAAUAUAUA